AAUCAACAACCAUAAUUAACAAGCAGCGAAUAAACCAUGGCAGGAUAUGACGCCCGGUACGGCAACCCGCUGGACCCCAUGUCUGGUGGCCGGCCAUCGCCUCCUGAAACCUCGCAGCAAGAUGCGUACGAGUACUCCAAACACGGCAGCAGCUCGGGUUACCUCGGGCAGCUACCGCUUGGUGCCGAUUCUGCGCAAGCGGAGACUGCUUCUGCUUUGCGGACGCUGUUUGGCGAGGGCGCCGACGUGCAGGCUUUGCAAGAACCUCCGAAUCAGAUCAAUACCCUGGCUGAAGGUGCCGCGGUGGCGGAGACGGGCGGUGUACUAGGUGGUGAUACCACCCGGUCUGACAACGAAGCGCUUGCCAUCGACCCAUCUCUAUCCGAACAAGCCGCGCCUGCGCCCAAGGAUUCGACGGAAACGCCAGACGACCGAUCCCGCUCUCCCUCGUCCGGUAACCACCACCACCACCACCCGGCCGUCAAACGGAAAGCCACGUCCCGCGCCGGCAUGCUCGCACGAGGCGGCGCGUGUGAAUUCUGUAAACGUCGAAAACUGAAAUGUUCCGCCGAAUUGCCUGCGUGCGCAAACUGUGUCAAGUCGGGCAAGGAAUGCGUUUACGCGCAAAAGAAGCAGCGGAGUCGGGUCAAGGUGCUGGAGGAUCGGCUGCAAGAGCUGGAGAAACGGUUGGAGCAAGGUCAGGCCGGGGCGGCGUCGGCGUCUGGGGGCGACAGCGGCGCACACGCUGCGAGCUCGGUGUAUACAGCCCCGAGUUUGGGUUCGGGCGGCGGGAGCGAGCUUACCGUUGAGCAGACGCUUGUCCACAAUGUCGAUCCGAGUCUCUUACCGCCGAGCGAGUAUGACGAGGCCUUUAUCCUGCACGAUUUCGACAGUUUCGCGGAUAUGCGCAAGCAGGAGACGCAGCUGGAGCCGGACCUUAUGACGCUGGCUGAUGCAGCGGCGGCGGAUACCCCGGCGGCGGCGGCGGCGGAGACGAACGAUCCAUGGGCAAAGAUGUCUCCAGAGGAGAUUGUAAAGGAAAUUAUCAAGGUUGCCACUGGCGGGAAGGGCGAGGGCGAGAGGAUCAUAUCGCAUCUAGUGCAAACGUACAUGAACUCGACUGUCAACACGUGGCACCCGCUCGUCAUCCCGCCGAUGGAUCUCGUCAGCCGCGUGUCCCGCACGACGCCGGACCCUAUCCACCCCACCCUCCUCCUCUCGCUCAUCCCCGCUCUGCUCCCUCUAUCGCCUAUCCAAUCGCUCCGCCAUCCCGCCAUCCCGCUCCUCCUCCUCCCGCACGCGCGCGCCCACUCUGUGCAGGCCAUCACGCAAUCCGACCCCCGCGUGCUCGACACCAUCAUCGCCGGCGUGUCGCGUGCGUACAGCUUCUUCAACGAGGCGAAGAACAUUGACGGGUGGGUCGAUUGCGUGGCUGCGACGUCGCUCGUGCGCGCCGCGGGCUUGACAAAGCAGGGCGGGGUCGGGGAGAGGUUCGUGCCGGAGGAUAGGGUGCCGGCGGAAAGGCUGGCGAAAAGGAGGAGGGAAGCUGGGUUGAGGGCGUUGAUGCAUAAAGGCGCGAUCGUCCCGCCGCCUGAAUCGUGGUACCAGUUUGGCCAGCGAGUCAAUCUUUUCUGGACCUCUUACAUUUGCGAUCGGGCAGCGGCCAUCGGCUGGGGUUGGCCUUCGUCGUAUAAUGACGAGGAUAUCACCACGCCAUGGCCUAAAGACGACUAUAAAUCCGUCCAAGCGCUUUUGGACGACACGACCAUCCACACUUUCCUCUCUCCCCUCGCGCCCGCGCCCGCGCCCGCGACACCCGACUCUGACCUGUGUGCGCAAGCGAAAUCCAUCACACUGCUCUACCACGCCCAGCGCCUCCUCGAUUCCCCGCCAGAGCUGUCCACCCCCGAAAAGACACACCGCUUACUUGGCCUGACCGAGGGGUACAUGGAGUCUUUAGAAAAGAUGAGAGGGCCGAGGAUGAGGGCUGGCAAGUUGAGUUCUGUGUGGAUGAUUCUGUACACGACGAUUGCAGUGUUACACUCGAAAGACGGAUUCGACAAGUGCGACCCGGACGGCGCUGACCAAGUGUCAAUCACGCGUGUCGUGGCGGCUGCCGACAAAGUCCUCGAACUCGUCUCCGCCGUCCAAAACACUGGCGAUACCCAUCUCUCCUCGUGCGACGUCAUCUCCUCUGUCCUUUUCCUGCACCUCGCCCGUCUAAUGAUCCAAUACACAAACCGUCUGCGCCUCCGCGUGCAAGACUCGGCGCUCGUCAGCACGCUCCGGGCGAAAACGGAGUCGUUCAAGCGCGCGCUCAUCGACCAAGGGGAACGACUCGUGUUCGCCCAAGUGGCGGCGCAGAUGCUGGAGAACUAUCAUGUGGGCGCGGAAUGGAAGGCGGGGGAGUGGGAGAGGGCUGACGGUGGGGAUUGGCGGGGGGUUUAGCGUAUAGUUUAGGGUAUCGUUUAGGGGGUUAGAAUCUGUUAUCCAUCUGUUUGAUACAUGCAAGAUGAUU